CAAACAAACCUUAGUGUUCCGCGGACUUGAGGGUUUCGCUCUACAUUCAGUGACUUUUUUGAGUGAAAUCUCAUGUUCUCAUUUCUUGCUUGCAAGGCUUUUUAGAUUUAUCACUUUAAUCUGAAUACAUUGUCUGUGGUGCCAUUUGGAUCUUGCAAAAGGCGUUUUUUCAUCUACUUACUGUUAACCACUCAUAGUGCUUUCUCUUUGUUGAUAUAUUUCUGAUGGGGUUUUCUUAAAUGACUUCUGUUUUUUCUGCUCACACAAGCUGUUUGUUGAAAUGACCAUUUGGCUUUUUUUUUUUAAUUUUUUUUUUAGCUUUAAUCUGCAUGUGACUGUUAGUUGUUUAUUUAAGAUAAGCUCAUUCAGAGCUGGUAACUUAUGCAGCUUAGAAUUAAGAUAUAUCAUACUAUUAAGACAAGCAAUGAUUUUCUAGAAACUCAUUAUUAUGUUGAUGAAACUUAAAAAUUUGGAUCUAGUGUAGUAGCUCUGUAUAAACUAUGAGUUCUUGAUUGAGCGAGAUGGCUCUAGUUUUGGAGGUUUUAUUGUGUGCUCCAGAGUAUCUGUUCCUUCUUUGGAAAUGAGAUGGAUUCACAUUUUAUAAUUCAUGGGAUAAUUGAAUUCAUAGGAUAACUGAAUUCUUAUGAGUAUAUAAUGUAUUAGAAACUAGUGCAUAAAAAACAUCUUAUAAUUUCAUUGUUUUGGUGGUUGUUUAUGUUUGAGUGUCUAUGUAAAAGAAGAAAUCUUUUUACUUGAUUAAUGAAUUUUUUUUUCCAGGUAACAAAGUUUGCACCAGAAUUCUUGCAGUUCUAUUGCUCGUAAGAAAAGAAGAAAUGGGCAAGUAUUCAGUUGCUUUUGAUGCUUUUAAAUUGCUUAAUUGAAUCUGAUAAUGUCUCCUCUGGCUUUUGUUUUAUGAAUCAUUAUUUCACUGAUUCACGAAACACUGAAGUUUGUUGCACUCAUGAAGUCCUUCCGUGCCUGUUCUACUCUCCAUGAAGUAAAUAAGGUUUUACAAGUUCGUUUUUUCCAGCAUGAUUUUGUUCCUAGAGAUGCAAAGGCCAGGCUCAAAAGGUAUAAAUAUCCGGCAUUCUAUGAUCCAUAUGGCCCUAGGUCUCCACCCUCUCACAAAAGCAUUCAACUUGCCGAGCGCAUUGCUUCCUUAUCCCUUGAGGAGAGACGUCAAAUUGGCCCUGCUCUACAAUACAAGUUAAAGCUUCCAAAAUUGCAGCCAAUUUCAACAGAAGGAAUGGACUUGGGUCUCCAAGGUGCACCAGCUGUUGGAGCUACGAAGGUUGAGGAGCAGAAGGAGAAAACAACGUUCAAUGUGAAGUUGGAGAAGUUUGAUGGAGCAGCAAAAAUCAAGGUGAUUACAGAGGUGAGAGAUUUUACUAAUUUGGGGUUGAAGGAGGCCAAAGACUUGGUGAACGUACCUGUUGUGUUUAAACAAGGCGUCACUAAAGAGGAAGCAAAUGACAUAAUAGAGAAGAUAAAGGCAGCUGGAGGAGUUGCAGUUAUGGAGUGAUAGCUUGAGCUUUGGGUACUGUUGCAUGGAAGAAUGACUGAAUCUCAACUCAUGGCACCACAAUGUGAGACCUGUUUGUGCAGAUAAAUUGCAAUUUUUAUCAUUAAUAUGAUUCAAUAAUUAGUUUUGACUUAUUUUGUUACUGUGGAAAAUUUAUUUUUUUGGUUAUUGAUGGUGCUCUUGCUUUUAGCUUUUACACAGUUGCAUACUAGGAGAAGCAAUUCCACACAUCAAGCAUGUACUUGUUGCUUUACACUCUUGACCAUCUCACAGCCACAUUUUUUAUCCUCUGUUUGUCUUUACUUAUUCUUCAGUAUUUCCAAAACCUUGAUGUAGCGAAGGUAUUUUCUAGAGAUGGCCUUUAAAUUACAGUGAAACAGGCUGAUCGGGAGUUCUAAUCAUUUCGGUUUCCAUCGUCCUGUUUGAUAUGCUGAAGCUGACUUUCUACUGCCAAUGGACAUUUUCAAGAGAUACCAGCAAUAGAUGUACUACUAAUAUUCUUCCCUCCAUUGAUUUUACCAGAGACAUGACAUUAUUUGAAGAUGCAGUAGCUAUUCGAUCUGGUCUUUGGCCUUUUCAUGAGAAACUGAUGACUUGGGACUUAUUUUCUUUGAUCCGAACAACCAGGACCAGCGGAAAAUUCCCAGCGAAAGCGGACGCUCCCAUUGGAAGACCCAAUCUCAAAAGAUUUUAUACUUUGUUUCGAAUGAAAAUUCAGUGAAUUUUGAGUAAUUGUUAUCCAAAUUGUAUUCAUUUAUAUCUCGAGCCACUUGAGAUGCUAUAUUCAUUUGUGUAUUUUUGAAGCAGAUGUACAUUAAAAAAUGGAUUCUCUACAGGUCUCUUGAGAAUUCUCUGUCAUGAAACAGUAAACCGGAAGUUGCAUGCUGCUGUUCUACUUUCAGCACAAAAUAACAAAAUCG